AUGGGGAAGGACGAGUGCAAAACUCUGCUGGACGCCCUGAAUAAAGUGACUGCUUGCUACAGACAUCUGGUCAUCACCCUGGGCAGCAGCUCAGACUCGCAGAAUCUGCGGGAGGAGCUCAGGAGGACGCGGAGGAAGGCACAGGAGCUGGCGGCGGCGAACCGCUGCAAACUGACCGCUUUGCUGAAAGACAGGAACAUCAGUGAGGAAGAGCGAUCCGAGUACGAGCGCCUCUGGGUGUUAUUCUCCAGCAGCAUGGAGCUGCUGGAUGCAGACAUGACGCGGUCCCUGGAUAUCGGGCGGGAUUUCCCUCUAAUGAUGCCCGUCCGACACCUGGUCCAAACCGGAGUAAGUGGCAGUACCAGCACUGUGGCGGCCAGGGCGAUGAACGUGCACAACAUGAAGUACGAGGCCGAGAGCAACAUCGACACGGUCGAUCUGAUGGAGCUUCAGAAGGAGAUCCUCCACGUCAGCCAGAUGAUAGAAGAGAUGGAGAUGAAGGUGCAAGUAGCACCGUGGACAGUAGAAGCCAAACAGGAGGCGGGUGCGGAGCUGAAGUCCACCGGCAGCGUGCGGAAAUCCUCCGCGGGCAUCAUCUCUCUCUGCGAGGAGCCCGCAUGCCUGAGCAGUGAACCUGGCCUUCGCAAAAUCCUGCCUGGAAUCAUUUUCACCGGCAUUCUCUUCAUUGCGGGAAUUCUGGCAUUUUGCGUAAUUAAACUUUCCUGA